AACAUGGCAGCCGUCCGGGGCUUUACGUGGGAUAAAACUCAUCAUUUUCUUCGUGGUUGCUGUGUUUUGACUAGCAGGAUUCCGGGCAAUGCUAGAGGUAUAUCACAAGAGAAAAUGCAUGUUCUAACAUCGGAACACGGGUUGUUUAGAAAGAAAUAUCAAGAAGGAGGUGGUGUUUACUCCAGAGGUUUACAAACUUGUUGCUUUUCCUUUAAGGGAAUUAGUGGUUCAUUGUGUACUCAAGGUCCAUUCAAAGUCAUGUCAUUCUUGCGACCAAUGAGUAGCCAAUCACAAGGUAGCUUUUUGGUAGACCUUAAGUCCAGCCCAUCAUCAGCUUUAUAUCUUGGCUUUUCUGGUGCCAUCCCUUUCUGCAGCUUGGCUACCAUGGCAUUUAUUUCUCCAGAACACUUAAAUCUGAUUGCUCAUGCGCAACAAGCAUAUGGGGCAUGCAUUCUGUCAUUUCUUGGUGCAGUACAUUGGGGUUACACCUUACCAAAGACUAGUGAACUUAAACCAGACUGGAACACUCUUGGAUACAGUGUAACUCCAUCUCUCAUUGCCUGGUUGUCUUUACUUAUGAAUCCUGCACCAGGACUGACAACAUUGUGUUUUGGGCUUGCUGUAGCUUUGUGGAAAGAUUUGAAGACAAGUUGUUUUCCCUCAUGGUACAUUGCUUUACGAAAAGCUCUCUCAACUUUGGCAGUGACUUCAGUUGGUUUGACUGCUGCAGUCUUGUAUUUUCAAUAGUCAGACAUAUGUGACUCUUAUAGAGAGGUUCAUUGAUAUUUCUGUAUAAUUUUGUGAAAUAAAUGAAUUGUAAUUUGUUUGCUGCCUUUUAGUCACAGUUAUAUUUUGAAACUAACUUCUUCACAUGGUGGAACUUGGGUUACAAAGGACAUUGUAGAGCCUUUUUGUAAGCACUUUAUAAUUUGAUGAUCUGAAGACAUUGUCAAAAGUUUAUUCACCCUUUAAAUCUCAAGAUUUGUCACAAGAAUUUGGUGUUAGAUCUAGGUAACAAAUUUUACCUGAUAAGUUUGAGUAUACUCAUUACCUGUUUACUGGAAAAUGUAUGGAUCUUAUAGAGAGAAGUGAAAUGUAAAU